GAAGUUGAAGUGGUUUUACGAGUCAGUACCCAGCAGCACAAGACCCGCGUGAUCCAGGAGUCGAAUCAAAGCCCAGCCCUGGAUUCAAUACUCCUGAUCAAUGGACAGAGCCUCCUCAGCGGGCAGCAGCGCUACAGACACGUCGUAAACAACUCAUUCUCUCUGGCUGGAGAUCCUCUGGGAGCCUGGAGGAGGAUGGAGCGAGGAGGGGAGAGUCCCAUCACCCAGGACAGUCCCGAGCAGAGGGGGGGCAGCCCGGAUCUCAGCGGCCUCCCACCACCGGGGAAGAAAGGCCGGUUGGAGCUCAACGGGAGUCCCACUGGGCCACGAAUACGCCACAACGGAGCCCCACCGAGACCCCUCGGAGGUCUGAUGAUUCCAGUCUUCUGUGUGGUGGAGCAGUCAGAUGGAGGGAUCCAGACAGACGGAUGCGAGGGACGAGAGGAGCACGCAGAGUUUGUCCUGGUCAGGAAGGAUAUUCUCUUCUCUCAGCUGGUGGAGACAGCUCUGCUGGCCCUCGGGUACUCCCACAGCUCUGCAGCACAAGCCCAGGGCAUCAUAAAGGUGGGAAAGUGGAAUCCUCUUCCCAUUCACUUUUUGACUGAUGCUCCAGAAGCAACAGUUGCUGACAUGUUGAUGGAGGUUUACCACAUGGUCACAUUACGCAUUCAACUACAAAGUUUUUCAAAGCUGGAGGAUCUGCCCUGCGAACAGUGGAACCAUGCAACUGUCAGGAAUGCUCUCAAAGAGCUUCUAAAGGAAAUGAACCAAAGUACUCUGGCCAAAGAGUGUCCUCUAUCACAGAGCAUGAUUUCCUCCAUAGUGAACAGUUCCUACUAUGCCAACGUGUCCACUGCCAAAUGUCAAGAAUUCGGUCGUUGGUACAAGAAGUAUAAAAAAAUCAAAGGAGAUUACUUGGAGAAGAUGUGGUCUGGACGAGAUGCUGCUGACAUAAAAAUUGAGAGAGACAACAUGGCCGACUUCUGUGUGUUGGGCCAGAGACCUCCACCUCAUCUGGCUGGCCUGGCACAGCUCGGUCACCUGGGAGCCAGCAGCCCCCUCCUCAAAUCUCCAGAUUCGCAGGCACCCUCCCAGACACCUCAGCAACCACCUCCUCCUCCUCAGCAGCAGCCCUCACCUCACGGUCCCCUCCAUCACAGCCCUCCUCUCCGUACAGGGCAGGUGCCUCCUCCUCCCCCACCUCCGCCGCCUGGUGCCCUGCAGCCCCUGCUGGGCCCAGGUGGACUGCUCUCUCCUCAACUCUCCCCGCAGCUGGUACGGCAACAGCUCGCCAUGGCCCACCUCAUCAACCAGCAGCUAGCCGUGAGCCGCCUGCUGGCUCACCAGCACCCUCAAGCUCUCAACCAACAGUUUCUGAACCACCCGCCGAUCCCACGGGGUUCAUCCAAAGCUGGCGGUGACCACCCUGGAAGCAACCCCUCUGCUUCUGAAGUCUCCUCUGAAAUCUACCAGCAGGUCAGGGAUGAGCUGAAGAGAGCUAGCGUGUCCCAGGCUGUGUUCGCCCGUGUGGCUUUCAACCGUACACAGGGCCUGCUCUCAGAGAUCCUGAGGAAGGAGGAGGACCCUCGCACGGCCUCGCAGUCUCUGCUGGUGAAUUUGAAGGCCAUGCAGAACUUCCUCAACCUGCCUGAGAGCGAGCGAGACCGAAUCUACCAGGAAGAGAGAGAGCGCACCAUGAACCCCUCAGUCGGCCUUCCCCCCUCCAACUCCUCCAACCCCGGCGCACCACGCCUUUCACAGAAAGUGUGGGAGAGGAGCUUGGAGGACCAGAAAAUCCCAGAUACCUGGGCCUCAAUCUGGAAGAACAAGGCCAAGAUCUGUAACUCUCCCAAGCCGUCUGGCCCGCCCUCCGACCUCCCGCUGAAGCUGGAGUCACUGGUCAACAUUACAUCAGGCAUCUAUGAUGAAAUUCAGCAAGAGAUGAAGCGAGCCAAAGUGUCCCAAGCUCUGUUCGCAAAGGUGGCGGCCAACAAAAGCCAGGGCUGGCUGUGCGAGCUACUUCGGUGGAAGGAGAACCCCAGCCCUGAGAACCGCACUCUGUGGGAGAACCUGUGCACCAUCAGGAGGUUCCUGACGCUGCCGCAGGCCGACAGAGAUCUUGCGUACGAGGAGGAGUCCAGACACCAUCACACCGAGAGGCUGCACACCGUCCUCCACAUGCCACAGGACACACAGCUCUUUUGCCUUUCUCGCCAGGCACUUCACAGGCCACCCCCAGGCCCCAUGAAGGAGCAUCACCUGUCUCCAAUGCGUGAAGAACCAUUGUCUGCCCCAGCGAAUGAAGAGAGGUCACAGAAUAUGGGUGGAGGACCUACAGGUGUUGCAUCUGGCACUGUUGGCGGUGCUGGAAGCAACAAGAAGCCCCGAUCGCGCACCAAGAUUUCUCUAGAGGCCCUGGGUAUCCUGCAGAGCUUCAUCCAGGAUGUGGGCCUGUAUCCAGACCAGGAGGCUAUUCAUACUUUGUCCGCACAGCUUGACCUACCCAAACACACCAUCAUCAAGUUCUUCCAGAACCAGCGGUAUCAUGUCAAGCACCACGGCCGCCUCAAAGAUCUGGGCGAGGGUGCUGCCGCCACUGGAGGGGUUGAUGUCAGCGAGUACAGGGAAGAGGAAUUGCUUUCGGGCUCAGAGGACCCAGAGUCGAGCGAGGAUGGGGCUGAGGAGAUCUACCAGCCCACUGAGGGGAACAGUGGGAGCAGUGGGGGGCUGAACCAGCCUCCGACAUCCUCCAGCUCCAACUCCAGCCAGUCGUCUUUAGGGCCCAGUGCGGCUCAGGAGGAGGGCAAGGACAAGGGGCAAGGCAGGCUUAGUGGACCUCUUGCACCCGGGAGCUCCUCAUCCAGUCCUCGAGAGCAGGCUGACUACCAGAGGUAGAGACUGACGAACGGAGAGGACAGAGAUAAAGAGAGAAGCACGAGAAACGUAUGUUCUGUGAUAGGAAGUGAGGAAUUACUCAUGAAAUUAUGGAGGGUGGCAGCAUAGGAAGGUUAACGUCUACCCAGGCACAUUAACCAAGACAGCAUUGGGCUGAAACACUGUACAUCUGAAAUGAUCAGACAGACUGUGUACAGUACCAAACGCAGAUUUGUAGAGUGAAAUUACCUCAGUAGAAGAAAACAGGUUAUUGGUGUGCUGUGAUACGGCAGUAGUUGUAUAAAUGUGAAAGAAUACUCCCCCGAGGAACGUUUAAAUAAUUCACCCCAGAUUUUCAUUCGUAGGAAAUACUUUUUCUACUCCGACCUCGAAACAAUCGCACCAAUUUAUCCUAAUCAGCCAGGAAAGCCACGCUCCAUGCUCCUCCUCUUUAAAGACAGAGCACAGUCAUAUAGAACUUAAAUGGUGGGCUGGGUCCUCGACAAAAACGACGAAAUCCUCAGGACACACGCUGAUGUUGCUAAUGCUUUUGCCUGCCUGAGACCGCAGGUACACAGCACUCUCUGUGCAUCUUCAAGCUUUAUUUCAUUGUGGUAAAGAGGUGAAGGCCGACACACACACACACAUACUCCCUGCCUCUGCCUCACAGUCACACUCCAGAAUAGUCCAAUCUAGCACUUACUGAUCACAAGGACCCUGAUAUUUAGUGGAUGUGCUGUAUUCUUGUCCCCCUUCUCCUGUCCAUCUGUCUCGCCGCUCAAAGCUGCAAAAGACAAACUGUUUAAAACUGAGUGUGGAGAGGAGCAGUGGACAGUCUGGCAGGAGGACAGCGAAGAGGAUGUGGCGUGGAGGGACCCUCACAUUUGUGUGCAAGAGGGAAAAAAUGUUAGGAAAGGAGAGACAGAGCAGCAAACAAUCAGUCUUUUUCUAUGUGGUAGUCCACCCCUUCCACUCUUCCUCUCCAUCUCACUCUCUCCCUCCCGCCUCCUCUCCUCUCUCUAAUUGGUGCCCACAGUCUUGUGUUUCACCACACCUACCCGCACUUAAACUUCACCAACCCUAUUUAUUGCUAUCUUUAUCCAUGAUUAUUAUUAUCAUUAUUGUUAUUAUUGUUGUUAUUAUGGUUAGAGAUGCUGUCAUUGCGUGCUAUUUUUAGUUUUUAUUUCCAUGGUUUUAAAUAUUGGUUUGCAGAACUGGGCGGUUGUUUGGAUAACAAGAGACAUUAAGAGUGCCCUGCCCUACAAGAAGAGGAAGAAGAGGAGCGGAGAGAGUAAAAGAAAAUAAAAGAAGCAGUUACUGAGUGUUAUUGGGUGAAAAAAAAAUGCCCUGUCAAGUCGUAUUAUGCCAGUUUUCUUUGGUUUUUUUAUAGUUCUUUUUCACAUAAAUAGAAAAUUUGCUGGAAAAAAAAGAAGAAAGUAAAAAUGUACUUUUUUCUGCAGUUGAUGACAAUCUACUUUUAUGAGCCAUUAAAGAAAUGUGGCAGGUUUGACUCUGUUCUUCACUUUUAAUGUCUGUAAAUACCCGACAUGGGAUAAAUUGUUGUUGAUAUACUUUUAUUUUGCUGAGUGACUUUAAUUGUUUGAGCCAGUUUGGAGAUUUUUUUUUCCUUAAGACAACUCAGUGGAAUCGGUUCAUUUUAUUGUGAAAAGCAAAUUCAGUCACAAGACUAUUUAAAAAGAAAGCAAAUAUCUUUUUUAUUUCUUUCUUUGUUUGGUGUCUCUUGCAGAUGUUUAAGUAAAUAGUAUGUUGGAAACAAUAUCUGAGCAUGGAUAGCGUCUCGUUUGACUAUCCCGAUUGGCUGCUACACUCAGAAAGACGACCUGCCUUUUUAAUUUUUACGUCAAUCACUCUAUAUCAUUACGUUGUGCUUUUCUGUAUGACAGGAAUCAGGGUUAGACUCAAAUGCAGUUCUGAUGAAAUCUUAGUUCAGUUCAGUG